GCAGAGGCUCCGUGACCGCGGGCCGGGAGCGGCAGCGGCGGGCCCUGCUCGGGGUCCUCAGGAGAAAAUGGUGUAAGGCCAGCUCAGCUGCCACUUCCAAUCGCGGCGUGCCCGGACCUCAGGGAGAAGCAUGGCAGCAGCUCAGGGAGCGGGGAGCGGUUCAGCCGGGCCGUCCGGCCCGCCCGGUUCUGCCCCGGGGCACAGCAGCAGCUCCACGGCAGUGGCCGUGUGGGAAUGGCAGGAUGAAUUUGGCAGGUGGAGGCCGUACCGAGGCAAUGUCUGCAGCUACAUUGAGCAGGUUAUCCAGGCCUCUCAGCAGAAGGGCCGGCGCUCAGGCUCAGGGCUGCUCAACAGCAUCCCUUUGGGACACGCGGAUCCCGCCUUGGCUCCCUACGUCAUCGACAUUCCAAGCUUGACACAAUUCCGGCAGGAUACAGGGACGAUGCGGGCUGUCCGCAGGCACGUCUUCCCAGGGGACUCUGCUGCUGGGCAGGGCAUUGUCUGGGAGUGGCAGAACGACGAGGGCGGGUGGUCCCCGUACGAGAUGAACGUCUGCGUGUUCCUGGAGCAGGCCCGUGCCACCAACCACCAGCGAGUGGAUCUCGGGCCCUUGGGCUACAACUACGAAGUUGACUUUGUGGCUCAAGUGCAGACCAACAAGAGCACGAGGUUCCGCCGCAGCGUUCAGAGGCGUUUGGAUGCCCCGUACCCGGUGACGACCGCCACCACACCCCUUCACACAGGGGUGGGAUGUUCUUGCCAGCAGUGCUGGCCAAACAGCGGGACUGGCCCCAUCACCACACGCUACCGUCACUCCAUGACAAACUUUCCCAACUCCUCCACGACUCAUCAGGUUCCCGGGAGGACAGCGUCAGUAAGUUCUUCCAACGUCGGCUUCGUGCCCUAUAACAAACCCGCUUUGACUGGAGCAAGGUCAACACCAAGACUCAAUGCACAGAACACCUUGGUUUUGGCUCAGACUGGGAGCCUCAGUGCAGCAUUGGCAGCAUCUAAUGGAGUCAGUGUCCAGGCCUUGCCUGUCAAGAUGUCCAAACCCAGCAGGGUGAGCCAGGCCCUGGCAGGCAUGACAGCUAUUCUGAUGUCAGCCGCCGGACUGCCCGUGUACCUCACCCGUGUGCCGCAAGCUGCCAGCACCCAUAAGGCCACUAAAAAACACAGCUCAGUUAAGGAGGGGAGGAAAGUGUCCAAGAAAGCCACUCCAACAGAGCCAGAAUCUGUGGUGAAGAAAUACCUGGAAGAGCUGAAGGGUGCUCCUGCUGAUGAGGACUGCAUGAUCUGCAUGGAGAAGCUGUCCUCCCCCUCGGGCUACAGUGACUCCUGCCAGUCCAGCACCAUCAGGCCGGAGGCAGUCGGCCGCCUGAGGAACUGCCAGCACUCCUUCCACAUGCUCUGCAUGCUGGCCAUGUACUCCAACGGGAACAAGGAUGGCAGUUUGCAGUGCCCCUCCUGUAAAACCAUCUAUGGAGAGAAAACUGGUACCCAGCCCAAAGGGAAGAUGGAGGUCUCCACUUUCCCCCAGUCCCUCCCAGGACACAAGGACUGUGGGACAAUCCGGAUUGUGUAUCACAUCAGCAGGGGCAUCCAGGGCCCGGAGCACCCCAACCCUGGCAUGCCAUACACAGCCAGAGGCUUUCCUCGCUAUUGCUACCUACCAGACAACGAGAAGGGCAGGAAGGUCCUGGAGCUCCUGAAGGUGGCCUGGAAGAGACGCCUGAUUUUCACAGUGGGCACCUCCAACACCACGGGCGAGAGCAACACGGUGGUGUGGAACGAGAUCCACCACAAGACUGAGAUGGACUCAAACCUCAGUGGCCAUGGCUACCCUGACCCCAACUACCUGGACAAUGUGCUGGCAGAGCUGGCUGCCCAGGGUGUCACCGAGGACUGCCUGGGCCAGUGAGCCUCAGGGGCCACCUAGUGCACUUAUUCCUGAUGCCUUAAGUUCCCGUGUCCGAGCGCCCGUCACACUGAGCAAUAACAGUUCCGUGGGAGCCCUGCCCGCUCUUCACAGUUUUUUGGUGGGGGGGUGUGGGGGAGGGAAGGAUAUUUUUGUAGAAGCUGUGCUUGUGUCUCUGGGUGGGAUUGAUGGCUGCAGCCAGGAGCAGCAGGGAUGGGACUGAGGUGACAGAUCCCCUGGGGAAGGCAGGCCCUUCCUUUGGUUAUGCCUGGGGACAGGGUGGGAGAGGAGAGUGCCUUGCUUCCAGUAGACCACCUGGAAGUCAAACAAGGUCCUCCUUUUGGGACACAUCAUCUCCCUGUCUGAGGCACCUCUUGCCUCCCUCCUGCUGUGUAUCUCUACUGGGUCCCAAUAAACUCUUCAUUCUCACAGCAA